GUAUCAUCAAUCCUUGCUAAUUGCCUGCAGUGGGAUGUGAAUGAGAGAGGCCAGGAUAUGUGUAUGGGAGUCUCACCAGUGCUUCCCAGAGACCCCUCUUCCCAUCCUGUGGCAGGCGUAGGCCCAGUUUCCCUAACUCUGACCCAUGCUUUGCAGGCGCUACACAAAGUCAGGCCAGAGCUCCUGGAUGCCAUGCUGGGAAACCUGCUGGCAGAGUCCCCAGACGCCGACAGGCUCCACUGCAUCUUGGAGCAUGUCAACCUCUGGAUCGUGUCCAGCGUGUCCCAGGAGAGAGCCAGGGCCAUUAGGAGCAGCACAUCCCUGUUCAGAUUUGCAGUCACGUUCCCUGAGUUUGAUAUCUCAGCAGAGUUCCCUAGGAUGGGUCACCACGUGGCACAGCUGGCUCUGUUUGUCAGUGACCCAGACAAGGACAUCAGCCAGCAGGCCAGGGAGGGGACUUACUGGCUCUACCAGCUGCUGCUCCAACAGAGGGGUAAGGAACCCGCUGGCACACAGAACCCAGUAGGGGUCUGA